AUGAUUCAGCUCGACCCAGAGAGCAAGAUUGUUUGGGGCUGGACUCUCGCUCCACCCGGAAUUUCCGAGACUUAUGAUCAACAUUUGUUCAAGGUCACCGCUAGUGAUUUUGCCCAUUGUCACAGAGUGGCAGGUUGCCAACACCCUGGCGUUUUAGGGACGAGAAUCGCAGCGGAUCAAAACAAUUGCAUAGUGGAUAUAUGUCAUGCGAGGUGUCUAUCAAAUGAGAGUAAGGACACAUGGGUCCUUUUGAACAAUGGUACCAAAAUGGCCAUACCGGGCUACGAAAGCUUCGUUGACAAGUUCGACGUGCCGACAGUCGACAUAUCUGAUGCCUCCAAGGGAGGAGACGCGGCCCACGGAUACCAAUUGGGUGGUGUCACUCAUUUUCUUGAUUUCAAGCACAGGUCAGAGGCCCUUGGAAGAGGGCCACAUGGCGCUAAAUGUGCGAAACUGUACGCCAAAGCAUAUCACGCAACAACGACAUCUGAUUUGGAACAUGCGAUAGACGCCAUCAAUGAUGAUGCGCAAGCAAAGCAGCGGAUUUUUGGACAGGGAUGGUCUGCAGAAAACCAAUUCCCUUUAAGGGCAGAGCUAGGUCGUUUGAAGACAUCGCGGCACGAUCAAUCCAGGAGCACCACGAGCGCAGGAGCAAAGAAGCGCAUGACUGGCAGCAGCAUUUCCCCCCGAAAGUAG